AUGGGUCACAAUGUCACGGAAGGAGCAAUCGUUCAACACCUGGCAAAGCUUCGCAGCCGUAGGGUUGCUGCUGGAAAGCCUGUACCCCCGCCUCUGCGGCGUGGCGGCCUUGGUGCUGGUACCUCAAGUAAUCAAGCGGAGGCACUACACGGCAAAAAAACGCCCUAUCCAGAUGCGAAGCGUCAGCGGGCCACUCCAAAGUCAAAGCGUGAUGGUGAGCUGGGACUAAGUGACUUCGCAGACGUAGACUCAUCUUCCGAUGAGGACUAUGUGGUGGGAAGCGCAUCCAGAUCACGCAAGAAGAGAACCAACACGGCCGGCUCGCGGGGAAGACGCAAGCAAAAGCGCAGCUUCAAAUUGGAAAGUGAUUCCGGUGCUAUUGAGACGGGGGAUGAAGAGGACAGCCUGUUGAUCCCUGGCGCCGAAUUCCUCGAUGGACCCAGGCAAUCAAGCUCCGCUGGUAACGUCUCGGAGUCUGCCACAGAUUUAACUCCCAAUGACGCCUUCCUUGCCUCGGGCUAUACACUACAGCAACAAUUUGCUGGGGCUGAUCAGUUUCCAAUUCAGGGCCAUGCCUCUGCAACCAACCUGCCUGAGAAUUUCUAUUCGAGUGUUUUACCACCGGCCAGUGGUCUUAUGCACUCGCAGCCCGGUGAUACAGGACACAAUCCCUCAACCUUCUGGUUCAAUGAUACCACUCUUGGAUAUCCUCCUCCUGUUUACCACGGACUUACCGACCCUGAUGUGCAAAUGGGAUACUCAGGGGAUAACACAAGUAAUACCCAAGAGCAAUUCGAUACUCUCCUUCGCUAUGAUGAUGAUUCACUUGGCUAA